GCAAGUAAUGCAUUGUUCUUGUUUUCAUUUUUACAGGCAACUAUGAAAGAGCAAUGGAAGACUGUUUGAGACUUAGCAAAGGCCGUCUGACAAAAAGUGGGUCAGAGGCGGAGGAGAAAGGGGUGGGGUGCCGUGCUAAAAAGUGCACGGUACUCUUCUCCCCUGGCUCCUCCCCAUCAAAAAAAAAACAAAAAGUUGCUGGAAAAGUGGCCUCCUCGUGCCUGAAGUCUAAACUAAAACUCAAUUUUCCAAAGCCUCCUGCAACAGACAAAACAGAUUUCCUGCAGAAGGAAACCAGGAAAGCUUUUACCUCAAGCAAUACCAAUGUCCAAGGAUCCAACCAGACUCCUAAACAACCCAAAAAGUCAACCCCAACCUCAAAACCUCAGAUGAAUGUUAAGACAUCCAAAACGGAUACGGAAAACAGAGAAGCUUUUCCAGAAUUGGAUUCCAUUCCCAUACGGGCUUCAAAACCUCAGAUGAAUUCACAGACACCGAAAACACAUAAGGAAAGCAAAGAAGCUUCUCAAGAAGUAGUUUCCACUCCCUUACGGGCUAUUGAAGCUCUCCUUGUGGAUGUAUCAAGAGAUGUCAAAAAACUGAAAGCAACCGUCUCGGUUAUGCAAGCUGAUUUAAAAAGCCUGAUUGAAAUUGAGAAACUACGAGGCGUUCCCAAUGUCAUCAAUGCUAAUGCCCUCGAUGAAUUUCCGUUCUCAAGUGUUGAUAAACUGAUAGAGUUUGACGACAAGCUUAAGGCAAACCCGCAGCUUUGUCAACAAGUUGUCCACGCUCUAUACAAGAAGGUUGACAAAACAUCAUUAGCGAAAACAGCUCGCGAUGUUAUUAGAAUUACUCUCACACCAAGUCUUUACAACUCAUUCAACUUCAAAGGAAAAGGAGACAGAAACAAAAAUGCAUGGGCUGAGCUGAAUAUGUACAACCUAGUUCAGAAAUCUGUUGUAACCAAAAAAUGGGGUGAUUCGGACCAAGUAGUGACUCUCAUGAACACAACCUGCAGUGACUUCCUUGUGCAAGAAGCAGGAAAAUAUUUAAAGAAGCAGAAUUUAUGCACAAUGGAAAACAACAAUAAUAGAAUUAUUUAUCAGAUGAAACAACUAAUUGACAACUACAUAAGUACGGAGGAAGCUCGCCAAGAAUCACCACGGAUUCAACCUCAAAGUACCUCGUCAAUAUCUACGCUGGACAGACCUGCACCUCAGAUCCAGAGUAGGUCUCAGCCAUCAGACUCUAGAUCUCAGACCAUUUAUAUGCCAUCUUCUUCAGGAAGUCGUCGUCAAAACAACUCAUCGAUAAAUGCUGUUGUUGAUGCCAAGUUUGAGCCUUAUAAAACAGAUUUUCGAGCCAAAAAAAGAAAAUCCUCCAAAGCUGCCAAACCGGCAGAGUUCAAAAUCUCAAAAGUUAUAUUGUUGCCAGUUCCAAGUUGCUAUACCCUUAACAAAUCACAACGAAAUUUCAUCGCUUCUUGUAAACUAUACCGUGACAAUGUAGAGUUCACGAGUGUCACAGGUAUCCAAAUCCCUGCAACUUGCCUUUUUUUUUAAACUUCUAAAUUUUCUUUAAUAUUUCUCCAAUUCAUCUCAGAUGGCUGGAUUUGUUCAUUUUCUCUAUUUUUCAAUCCAAUCUCCCAGUCAUCUCGUAUAAUGUCCCAUUAUUCUAAUUACCAGACUUGCAACUGAUAGCUCCACUGAUUAUAGCCAGCCAAUGGCGUGUAGACUUGUUGUCUCACCACCUGUGACGUCAGCAAGUCUAUAAAAGCUUGUGCUGCCCUAAAAUCUUGGUCUAUCUCUCCGUGCCCGAGGUCUGUCUCUCUACAUCUACCUCUUCGGGACACCUCUUAACAUCUCUUAUUUAGACCCAUACUUUACGCUGUGUGAAUCAAUUGUAAAAUUGUGUUUUAUUCAAAGUUCGUUAAUACAAAUUAUUGGUGCAUUUUAAA